AUGAUGGAGGACAUCAGUCGUUUUGGGCCUAUGACCUGGCUGAAUCAUCGGAAGAGCCUGCCUCUUCCCAGCCCACAGUCGACGGUACCAUGUUCCAGCGGUUGCGGCUACAACAUGCAGACCGAAACACUAAGAUUCUUCUGCCAGAACAUGGCUUGUGGCAGAAGGAGUUCCCCAAACGCAGUUCCAGCUUCUGGAUUGCUGGCGGUGCUGGUGUCACUGAGAAGAGCAUCUGCGAUCAAGCUGCGCGAAGUUCCCAGAGUGCGUGGUGCGUGUUUGGUAUGUUGUUCGGCCAAGCGCUCGCGCUCGUUUAGCGCAAGUUUCACGGAGCUGUUAGUGGACGCAGAUGUCCACAAUCAAGCACACAUUGAGCAGGUGCUUUCUAACGUGCAGUCUUGGAGCCGCGCCUUUCGUGGACAAGUCUUUGCAGCGAAGAGACUGAAGAAAUGGAAGGGGUUCUUCGAAGAACAUGACCUUGCUUUUCAUCCAGUUUCGCCUACGGGGACGCAAAGAGAUCCCGUUGAUGAUAUGAUAAUUGGCUGCAUACAGUCGCUGGCAUUGGACCCAACUGUCGACUGCAUCGCAGUGCUGACUUCGGAUACCGACUUUGUGGAGUCCUUAGUGCAAGUAAGGACUUCCGGUACAGAUGUGCGCGUUUUUAUACCGGAGGGAUUGCGGAGCACUAUCAUGAGGUAUGAAGACGCAGGCCUCACUGUCAUCCCAAUCAGAAGAACCCAUGACAUCGCGUACACUGUCAAGGCAACUCUCCAUGCAGACGGUCAUGGCUGCCUGCAGCAGUGUGACCCACUGCAGCAGGCAGCAUCGCUGAAUCGUGAGACGGAGAUGCUUUGCAAUUUUCUGACAAAGCACGCCUACAGGCCACCCGAGGGUGCCAGGCUGAUUCCUUGCAUAGCCAAGUUUUGGUUCGCAAACUCCUUGGGCGAUCUUACAGUUUUUCCCAACCAGUGCGCCAUUCAGGCGCUGUACAAGACAAUUCGACAAGCCUCGCCUGCAGCGAAAUGGACCGAUGAUCCUGGAACCUUGGCCUUCCUCUUUCCCAUGGGAACGGCACCGCGCUCCAAGCUGAAGAGACGGCAGCUUGGAGGGGCGCGAGCAAGCAAAAUUGCGAAAGGACCAGGUCCUUCAAUGAUAGAAGAUUCCCCAGACCUUGCACAGCGAAUCUUGCGAAAGCUGGGCUACUUGGACGACAGCUUCAACUCAGACCUUGUAGAGGCUUUGCAGGUGUUCGUGAAUAGUUCGGAGAACAAGAGACUGUUGAGAACGAUUGGAGCCAUCCCUGAUUUGAGAGAUGCCGAUUCCGCGAUGGCCACUACGCUGAGGCAGGCAUUCCUGUCAAGCGGGGUAGAUGGCUCAUGGCAGCAGGCGCCAUCGGACCGGAACGUCCGCCAACUACUGUUGCAGCACCGGUUGUUGCCGAAGUCCGCUUCAAAGGGUGAUGUCUUCAAAGCCAUGCAGCAGUACGCCCGGAAAGAGUCAUUGGAGACCAUGAAGACCUACAACGGACUUGUUUGGCGGAUUGUAGCUUCAGUUAACGCCAAAGAUCCCUGCCGCAGAGAUGUCGUCAGCCCGUAG